GUGAAAGUGUAGAGUGCGUUUAUAUUUUCUUCCUUAGCUGGUGAUUAACUCGUAAAAACAGCAUAUAAAGAGACUUUCUGAACAGCAUCUUCAAUAUGUCUGUCGCAAAUGCGAAACAAACAAUAAUGAAUCCAACGAUUCCUUAUGCUGGGACCAUCCUGGGCGGACUUCAUCCCGGAGAGAUGGUGCUCAUCCAGGGCAGUGUCCCCAGUGACUCCGACAGGUUCCAGGUGGACCUGUCCUGCGGGAGCAGCGUGAAGCCUCGGGCAGAUGUGGCUUUUCAUUUCAAUCCUCGCUUCAAGCGCUCUCCCUACAUCGUCUGUAACACGCUGCAGAACGAGAGCUGGGAAAAAGAGGAGAUCCACUACCUGAUGCCCUUCAGGCACGGCGCUGCCUUUGAGAUCAUCAUACUCGUACAGAAAGAUUUGUUCAAGGUGGCGGUAAACGGCUCUCAUCUGCUGGAGUACAGGCACAGGUUAGAGCUCAAGAAGGUGGACACGCUGGCCGUAUCAGGGAAGGUUCAGAUCCAGGCCAUUGGGUUCAUUCCCAGUUCAGUGAGUAAGGACCCCAUCACACCUACAAACGUCGCUGUGAGCAAAAGAUCACUGUCUUAUUCAGUCAUGUCGGAGUCAGGUGACACGAGUCUUCCUUUUAGGAGCAAACUUGCGAAAGGAUUGCGUCCAGGAGACUCCAUUAUGGUGAAGGGGCAAAUCACUGAUUCCCCAAAGAGUUUCUCAGUAAACUUACGCAUCAGUAACUCAGAGGACAUUGCUUUUCACUUAAACCCUCGUUUCAAAACUGGAUCCUUUGUCCGAAACUCUUUCCUGUGGGGUUGCUGGGGGUCCGAGGAGCGCUCCCUCUCCAGCUUUCCCUUCUCACCUGGUCAAUACUUUGAGAUGAUCCUCCUGUGUGAAGCUCAGGAGUUUAAAGUGGCAGUAAACGGGUUCCACCAGCUGAGUUACAAGCACCGUGUGCAGGAUCUGAAUUGUGUGGAUGUGCUGGAGAUUGUGGGAGAUCUAGAGCUCAAGGAUGUCAAGAUGUGGUGAGCAGCUCCAG